AUGAAUAAGGUAUUGAUAUUAGUUCUUCUCUAUGUCGUUGCCAUAUUCACAAGUUCCAAUUCUGCACCUGAAUCCGACCCGAUUCUUGACAUAAACGGAAAAAUCCUCCGAACACACACUACGUAUUUAGUAGUCCCAGUAAAUCACAAAUAUGGUGGGAUUUCUUUAGAAACCACUGGCAAUGAAAAAUGUCAACUUGGUGUAGUUCAAGAAAUUUACAAUGUGCACGGAGGCUCUGUGGCAUUAUUCCCACUGAACCCAAAGAAAGGUGUAAUACGCGUGUCUACUGAUUUAAACAUCGCGAUUUUGUUUAUUGCAAAGUCAUUUGCAAAGAUGUUGAGAUUAUAUGAUCAAUGGACAGAGACGUUUGUCACUCAGCAAUGUCCCUCUUGUGUUCAAUUUUAA